AUGCUAACAGUUGAAGGUGGUUCGAGUGGUCACUGCAGCUUAAGAAAUCUGUUUGCUUUUUGGAUGCUCGGUUUGUGCAACAAUUUUGGAUUUGUGGUUAUGCUUAGUGCAGCAGAAGACAUACUGUCAAUGGAAGAUGGUCGCAAAACAUUCCCUAAAAGUACUGACGAUCCUUGCCAGAGUUUAAUUGUUCACCGUCAAUGCCGAUUAUUAUCCACUGGUUCAGUGUUAUUAGCAAAUAUUAUACCAAGUUUGGUUGUAAAAAUAUUCUGUCCGUUUGUUAUGUAUCGCGUUCCUUUUGGUGUGCGACAUUUGUUCAUUGUUCUUCUUCAGAUAAGCAGCUUCCUGGUGGUUGCUUUUUCACGAAAUAUUCUUAUGAGUUUAACUGGUGUUGCCUUAGCAAGUAUUGGAGCAGGUGUUGGAGAAGUCACUUUUCUUUCUCUGACUACUUAUUUCCCAAAUAACGCGGUGGGAGCAUGGUCGUCUGGAACGGGUGGCUCUGGAAUUUUUGGUUCAUUUGCUUAUGCGAUGUUGACUGAUAUGCAUAUGUUGGGAUUGACACCGCGGAAUGCUUUGCUGUUUAUUCUGAUUGUUCCAUUCACGUUUGCUUUCAUUUACUGGAAGUUAUUACUGCUACCUAGGAGCAUACAUCGGGUGCUAUUAUGCAAACCGUCAACUUACUUGGUCACCUACCCAACAUUAGGCAGACGAAGAAGGAGUGAUAUAAGCAGUGGCGAUGAAGCAGCACAGUUGAUCAAUAAUUAUGAUGAUUCCGAUGCCGGGGUCACUACUACCAUCGAGCAACUAAGUUUCAAAAAUAAACUGGUAAUAGCCAAGCCUCUUGUUUUGAAAUAUAUGUUUCCACUGGCCUUGGUUUAUUUUGCGGAGUAUUUUAUUAAUCAAGGAUUGUUGGAAUUACUUGUGUUUGAUUGUGCACAUGGUUUUGGUAUCGGUCAGCGUGGGCAGUACCGCUGGUAUCAAGUACUUUACCAUCUCGGAGUAUUUACUUCGCGCUCUUCAGUUGAAUUUAUCCAGCUUAGAUCAUCUUCUAUAUCAGUGAUUCCUGUUCUACAAGCAUUAAAUGCUGUCUUCCUGUUUUGGGACACUCUUAAAUCAUUCAUACCACAUGUUAUUGUUGUAUUUAUUAUUGUUUUCUACGAAGGAUUAUUGGGUGGAGCAGCUUACGUCAACACUUUCCGUUUGCUACAUAAGUCGGUUCCCAUAGAAGAAAGAGAAUUCAGUUUGGGUUUUGUUUCGAUGUCUGAUUCAUUUGGUAUCGUAUGCGCAGGUUUUUUAGCCAUAUCAGCUCAUAAUUUCAUUUGUGGUAUGCCUGUCUGA